CUGUCACUGCCAAACGAUUGACGGAAGAAGAGAGAGAGAAAUACGAAUAGUGAAACUGCGCGCGCAUGAAGGAGAGAAAGAGGCGGAGACAAAAUAGCAAUAGGUCAAACGCAGGCUAGACGCAGCGAACUUAAAAAAGAGAUGUACGUCGUGUACGAGAGCACAUCGAGUCGCGCGAGUAUCAACCAGCUGAUUGGCGAGGGAGUCGUGAGCAGUCGUCAAUGAGACGCGGCAAUUCGCGAGUGCGUGUGUCAUUUUCUCGUUUGCUCACAUCUCUUCGUACAUCCGUACAUCCAUAGUGCGCGCGUAUAGAGCGUGACACAGAUUUCUCGUCGUCACUGUCGACUCCAUUUCAUUUAUCUCCCUUACUCUCUAAUUUCAUUGUAAGACUGCCGCGCAUACAUAUACGUUCGUUCCUUCCUUCUUUCCUUUCUUUUUUCGUCCGAGAGCGUACAAAUCCGUCGUGCUUUUACUCGUGCCUAGUAUCUCAUUCUCGGAUACGACACUUGCCCCCGCGAAGCGAGCAUCGUCUGCUCCAUCUAUUUCAUUUGCGUUUAUCUUGCUCGCGCGCAUUUGUCCGCAAUUUUCCCUCUCUCUCUCUCUCUCUCUCUCUCUCUUCUCUCUCUCUCUCUCUCUCUCUCUCUCUUUCUUUUCUCCCCUCGCCCUUUCCUGCUUACUCCUCCUCCCAUCGAGUAAGAGUAGCAAAAGAGAGGGUGCAAAUACGUGUGGUGCGCGACUCCCGUGUGUACAUUAUCCGCUUGUGUUUGUAUGCCGCGCUGGUACGCGUUGCGCUGCGCCCGUAAUCUCCGUGGACGUGCGUGUGCACGCGCGCGCGCGUGCGCGCUGCUGUGAAGUGUACGUGGUGUGUGCGCGUGGUGUGUGUGAGUGUGUGUGUUGUGUGUGUGUAGCGUGUUACGUGCGCGCAACGAGCGAACCAAGAUGGCCGCCGAUUCAGGAAUGGAGACGUGUCCCUCCCCGGAGAUUGCGGACUCCAGAAAGCGGCCGCUCGACUGCGACGCAGAGAACGGCGCGACCAAAAGGUCGCACUACGGAUCAGGAGGAGAUGGAACGUACCACCUUAAGGUAUUGGUCCCCGGCGUGGCUGCUGGGGCUAUUAUUGGGAAAGGUGGAGACACAAUUGCUCAACUUCAAAAGGAUACAGGAGCAAGAGUAAAAAUGUCUAAAUCACAUGAUUUUUAUCCAGGUACGACCGAAAGAGUAUGCCUUAUUACGGGCACCGUAGACGCUAUUAUGGAAGUCAUGGAAUUUAUCAUGGACAAAAUACGCGAGAAGCCUGAUCUUACUUCGAAAACUACAGUGGAUUUUGAGUCUGGUAAAGCCACUGCAGAGAGAGACAAACAGGUCAAAAUUUUAGUGCCCAAUAGCACUGCGGGGAUGAUAAUAGGAAAAGCUGGGAAUUAUAUUAAACAAAUUAAAGAGGAAUCUGGCUCGUAUGUCCAAAUUAGUCAGAAGGCUAAGGACCUUUCCCUUCAAGAGCGAUGUAUAACGGUUAUUGGUGAAAAAGAAAAUAAUCAUAGGGCGUUACACAUGAUAUUAGCAAAAGUGGCUGAUGAUCCGCAAAGCGGAACGUGUCUUAAUGUCAGUUAUGCAGAUGUAAGUGGUCCCGUUGCCAACUAUAAUCCUACAGGCAGUCCAUAUGCUCAAGCUCCCACAAGCACUCCAACGUAUACAUCUACGGCUGGUUUGAAUACAGUGAGCCUUUUGAAUGGCGCUGGUUUGAGUCUUAAUCUGAAUCUGGGCGCGGCUAUCACUGCCGGUACGGCGCCGGUGACGACGCAGCUAUUGGAACAUAUAAAACUGAAUCUACGUACGACAGGUUUUUCUGAGCCUGCCGCCACGGAGAUACUUGCCGCGAUCGCGACUCUCGCCAAAUAUAAUAUCCUAGGAAUGGGAAUUGGAAUGCCGUCGAGUAUGAGCUACUUGGGUAAUCCAAUGGACAGUACGACAACCGCGAAUGGCUCGAAUAACAACGGCGGUGUGUUCGGGCCGAUCGGGACUGUACCUGCGCUCGGAUCAACUUCGCCAACGCCGCGCAACACCCUCGAUCGGUACGAGCCGUUUGAUCCGUUUCGGCAGAACAACACCGCUGCCAACGCGAUACAUCUGAACAACAAUUCGUUCGGCUUGGGCACUAACCAGUUAUCACUUGUAAGUAAGAGUCCUACACAGGUAGACGCCAACAACAAGGAGACCAAGAAAGUAGACAUAGAAAUUGCAGAGGUUAUAGUGGGAGCUAUUCUGGGACCCGGUGGUCGUGCCCUCAUUGAGAUUCAGCACCUAAGUGGCGCCAACAUACAAAUCUCUAAGAAGGGCAUGUUCGCCCCUGGUACCAGGAACCGCAUAGUGACUAUCACGGGUUAUCCCAAUGCGAUCAACACUGCUCAAUACUUGAUCGAGCAGAGGAUCAGUGAAGAAGAGGCAAAGCGAGCGCGUCAGAAUGCCAUCGCCAGUAUGAUCCAUUGAUUUCAAAUAUAGCACUCCUCUUGUUCAUCC